AUGGAUGAGGAAGAAUUCUCUCUUUCUGUGGCCGGAUUAUCAAAUCCAGGCAAGAAUACUCUCCCUCUAGAUUUUUGUUUUAUUGUUAAUGGCAAAAAAUACUAUUGUUAUUCAUUAUAUGCCGAUUUUUUAUCCCCAAAAAUUGCAAAAUUGCAUGAACAGGAUCCAAAACUUGAUAAAUUCGAAAUUAACAUCGAAGACGAGUUUGAAACCUUUGAUCUUGCAUUACAGCUCAUGUAUGGCGAAGAAAUUUCUCCAAAUGCUUUACAAUCAAAUUAUCUAAACAAACUCGGCAAAAUUCUCGAGAACGAAGAAAUAUGUAAGGCUACUGAACAGUGGUGCGAGCAAAUGUCGCCACAAGAUGCAAUACUUUUGUUGAUUCAUAAUCCGGACCAAGGAAGAUACAAAGAUAUAGCAGUUGAGAUAGUUGCGAAGUCAAUGUACGAGCUUAACUCAGGAGAUCUCAAAGAUGUACCGGUUCAAAUCCUCAAUGAAAUCUUUGUAAAUCCAAAACUUGCAAUUUUGAACGAAGAAACGUUCUUUACAAUCAUAAUGGACCUUAUUAACCUAAAGGGUCCAGAAUACAGAGCGCUGCUCUCUCAUGUUGAUUUCCACCACUUAUCAACAGAUUCAAUGAAGAAAUUUGUUGAUACAGUCUCAACCCACGAUGUUUCGUCAGUGCUUUGGAGGUCAUUGCAUAAGCGCCUUACUAUGGAAGUCAAAGAAAGAAGAAUUCAGACAAGAUACAUCAAAAAAGAAAUUCCAAUUCCUUACGACGACAAAGACCCUCACAACGGCGUUUUUACAUAUCUACGAAAGCAAUGUGGUGGAAAGAACCCCGUAGAUGCUCAUUUGGUCGAAUUAAAAUCAGGAGACACGGAAUGCUCCGUUGCCGCGAAAUUACUACUUGACUACGGUACUAAAGCAAGGUGGUACCUCGCUGAGAAAGAAAACAACACUCUAACGUUUGAUUUCAAACAUGGCAAAUUCGCAUUAAGCGCAUACACUAUUACUUCCGGCAGCUCUAGCAGCUACUGGGAAUAUCCAACAAGUUUCAUAUGGGAAGGAUCGAACGAUGAUAAGAAAUACGAAUUAAUUGACGAAAAGAAAGACAACAAAGACCUUGGAGCCAAUGAAAAGACAUAUACAUGGAAGUGCAACCUCUCUCAACUUUACAGAUACAUCAGAUUCCGUCUGAAAAACGUGACAAGACAUGGAGGUCUUUACUGCAGAGAAUUUGAGUUAUUUGGCGCAUACCAGGAACCAGAAACAGAAGCAUGGAACAUGGCUACUAAGGAAUAA